AUUUUCUGUGGAGCAUCCAAACGCGAACGGACGAUAUCCCCUGCCUAGGAAGACGGAAGCAUCAGGUAGUUGCCUUAUUCGCUAACGUCCCUUCUCUGUAUCUGUCUCUCUCGCCAUGGAUUUCUCUGCCUACGGUGAUGCCCAGGGGCACCAGCAAUCUCACCACCAGCAGCAAUACGCUGCCGACCCCUCCCAGGCCUACCAGCAUGCCGACUACUAUUACCAGCAAUACUCAGCUCAUCAGCCCUACCUCCACCAUCAGCAGAAUGCCGCCGCCGGUGCGACGGCGAACUCCGCUGCCUACUACUACCCUCAGGACUACAGCGCCGCGGCCUCAGGUGGCUCUGCCGCUGCAGGUGGAGCCGAUGGACAGUCCAUCGCUCCUUCCUACACACAGCAGCCUCACACCGAACCCAACAUCCACCCGCCCGGCAUCGACCUCUCAAACCUUGCCCAGGUCGCGGCCGCCGCAGCCGCUGCAGCGGCUAACCAGCCAAACGGGUACUUCCCUCAGGCUGUCAUGGAGCAGCAGCCGCACGGGAAUCCGAUGGCACCAUUCCCGCACCUGAUUGCAGGACCAGCAGAACCCGGGAGGAUGAUGCCGGGUUUCCGGGAGAACCAUUGGGGCAGCAAGAGGGGAGGUUUCGGCCCUCCACGCGGCGUAAGCAGACUGGUAUAUGCUUAGGAAAUGGCUCAUGGGACAUAUGGAUGGUGAUGUUGAAGAUGCAAGUGGAUGACUGCAAAUUGAUGAAGUAUAUUGGCAAGGUUGUCAUAUCUUUAAAUUGUUUGUCAUUAUCUCCUUGUGGUUACAUUAACUGCUGGAUUAAUGAGGAUUUCUUAACAAAUAGCAACCUCAUGUAGAUGAUUUAGCAAGAUGGGUGGGAGAGGACCAUUCAGAGGUGGUGGUGGUAGACGUGGUGGUGGCCAUUUUUCUAGGGGGGAGGUAGGGGUAACUUUAAUCCCCAUAUUCCUAGGGCUGACAAUGUACUGCCACCCCCUGGUCGGGGCAGAGGACGAAUGGGCAGGGGUGGGGGUCGGCGACCCUCAGCACCAUCAGGAAUGCCUCCCCAGCUUGUGGGUUGUGCAGUAUGCAAAAUUGACUGCAAUAGUUUGGAAAUUCUUGAACAGCAUAGGCAGGGAAAAAGGCAUCAAAGAAAUGUUCAGAGACUUGAAGAAGAACGCAAAAGGAGGAGGCCUAACAAUGUAUCAGAUACAAAACCUGCAAAUGAAGCUGAGAAUAUUGUCGAUAGUCAAAAUAACGAGGUCCCUGAGUCAGAAAAUUUGCCAACUUCUCCUGUUAGUGAAAACAGAUCUGGGGCUGAGCAGCAUCCAGAGAAUGCCGAACUGCAACCAGAAAAUGUGGAGAAGCAAGCGGAGAAUGCAGAGGAACAGCAGCAGCAACAACGACAUGUCAGGCCAGGAUUCAUGGGAAGAGGGGGAAUAAGGAGACCUAGACCUGGUGGUUAUGAGGACAGGAGGCUCGGUCCCAAGAAGAGACAAAAAGGGAAGCCACAAUUUGACCCUCGCAAAGGGAAACGUGUGAAGAUGGCAAGUGUUCCACCACCAUCUGCAGAUCAGCAGCUGCCCAAGAUCUGUGCAUUGUGCAACAUUACCUGUGACAGCCAGGCAGUUUUGGAUUGUCACCUUGCUGGCAAGAGGCAUGCUGCUAAAGUAAAGCGAUUUCAGAGUCAGCAACAGCUCUAUGGGCCUCAAGUCCUCCAAGCACUCUUUAUCUCUCAAGCUCAGCAGGCAAUAUCUCUGGCCCAACAGCAGGCAGCAUUCAAUCCUCAGGACCAACAAGCUGUUCUGGAGGCAUUGUUGGGCCAGGCAAUACAGCAAGUGCUUGCAGGCCAACAAGCAGUAGCCGGAACACAAGAUCAUUCAGGCCCUUCUGGAUCUGCUGCCACUGUUGGAGCUACUUCAGAGCUUCAAGGCCAGGAACCUGCUGCAGGUACUGAAGAGCAAGCAGCUUCUGAAUCCGAGAAUGAAGCUGAAGGUGAUAAGCAACGAGAACAUGACACUCAAGAGGAGCAAGGUGUUGAUGUUCAAGCUCAAGAAGGUGAUGUUCAACAAGAGGGAAGUGAUGGUCAAGACCAGGCAAUUGAUGUUGAAGAAGAGCAAGUUGAUGGUCAAGACCAAGGGGGUGACGUUCAAGAAGAGCAAGUUGAUGGUCAAGACCAGGGAGGUGAUGCUCAAGCAGAUGUAAUUCCUUUGGAAGAAGAGUAUGCUCUCCCUCCACCGGAGGACUCUAUCCCAGCACCAGAGUUUGGUGCUUCUGCUUCUGAAUGUACUGUGCCAGGACUUGAGAUCAAACCUGAGGAGACCCCAGUAAAUGAAGCGGCAGCAUCAGAAGAGUAGAUGAUUGGUGUCCUCACACUCCUCACUGCCAUGGCUGUCUAGUUUCUGACAAAAAAUGGUACAGUGCUUAUCUUGUUUAGCAAUAACUGGUUUCCCCUUUUUUUUUUUUUUCUUUUGAUGUGGGGAAAUCUGUCAAAUCCUUUUUUUUUUCCUUUUCUUCUUUGGUUCUUUUGUUCCGGGGGUACUCUUUAUCAGGCAUAAAUGUCAUAUUUCUCACCUUUUGAGCGUUAUUUGCA